AUGCGUUGGAAAUGGAGUAUGUGUCCUAACGCACAUCAUGGACAUUACACUACGGGUAAUUAUCAUUAUCCUACGAUCGUGCUUGAAGCUGUAGCCUCACAGGCUUUGUGGAUCUGGAAUGCCUUUUUCGCUAGUGUCAGUUCGCUUAAUGAUAUUAAUAUUCUCAAUAACUCACCAAUAUUUAACAAGGUGUGUGACAACACUACCCCAGAUUCGUCAUUAAUAGUCCGAGGAACGGAAUACAAAUUUGGUUACUAUCUUGUGGAUGGGAUCUAUCCUAAAGUUUCUGUUUUCGUUAAAAUUUUGUCAUGUCCGGAUGACCCUCAUAGGUCCAGAUUUAAGAGAAUCCAAGAAAAAGCGAGAAAAUAUAUUGAACGAGCAUUUGGAGCACUUAAAAAGCGUUGGCAGAUAAUUGCCAAAGCAUCCAUGUUUCGUGAUAUUUCUACUAUGACAGUGGUGAUGUAUACGUGUAUCAUAUUGCAUAAUAUGAUACUAAAACAUGAAGGAAACACGAUAUGUGUGUACGACGAGAAUGAAAUCAUCCCAGAGACACAACCACUAGAAUAUGGCGGUCAAGAAUGGCUACAAAUAAUGAGGAUAAUUCACAGUGUAGUAACCCAUACCGAUCUUUGCCACCAUUUGACCGAUCAUUUUUGGACGAUGAACAAUUUUGAUCUAAAUAUGCCACCCGAAGACGAAUUGGAAGGCUAG